GAGGCGGAGUUUCGUCUCUGAUUGGUCAGUCUCUCGUGCCCUUCAGUCACGUGGGCUCGUGACGGCGCUGUACGGGUUUCAGGAAGCUUGACUCGCUCCGUCUUGUAUAGUUUAAGUGUUUGUUUGUUUGUUUGUUUGUUUGGUGUGUGUGUGAGACUGUGAUGGAUGUUCGGGUGUGUGGGAUGUUCAGCGCCGCGGUUCUGAUCCGCUUAGUUCUGCUGUGCGUCUGUGUUUAUCAGGAUCAGAAUCUGCAGCUCAAAUACACUGAUGUGGAUUAUCACGUGUUCACUGACGCGUCCAGAUUCAUCACACAGGGCGAGAGUCCGUACCGCAGAUCCACGUUCCGCUACACGCCUGUGCUAGCCCUGAUGCUGACGCCUAACGUGCUGCUAAUGGCUCACUUCGGGAAGCUGCUGUUCUGCGCCUGCGACCUGCUGUCGGGCUGGCUGCUGCUACGGCUGCUAGCUCUGCGCGGCACGUCCCGCGGCGCGGCCCUCGCGUGCAGCGGCCUGUGGCUCCUGAACCCGCUGCCGGCCGGCGUGUCGACGCGCGGGAACGCCGAGUCUGUGCUAGCCGUGCUGGUCCUGUCCACACUGCUGUGUCUGGAGUCGCGGAGACUCACGCGCGCCGCGCUCCUGUUCGGCCUCUCCGUCCACAUGAAGAUCUACCCGCUCACGUACGCGCUGCCCAUCGCGCUGUCUCUGGCCGAGGCCCCGACCCGGGAGCGGGCGCUGGUCCCGAACCUCCGCCGGCUCUUCAACAGGGAUCUGCUGCUGUUCGCUGCUGUCUCCGGAUCCGUGUUCCUGGCUCUGAACGGGACCUUCUACUGCAUUUACGGCUGGGAUUUCCUCCAGGAGUCGUAUCUGUACCACGUGACUCGCAGAGACAUCCGGCACAACUUCUCUCCGUACUUCUACAUGCUGUACCUGACGGCGGAGGGGAGCGGGAGCGGGAGCGGGAGCUGGCUGGCGCUGGUGCUGUUCGUGCCGCAGCUGCUGCUGGUUCUGCUGUCCUCGCUGGCCUUCCGCUCCGACCGGCCCUUCUGCUGCUUCCUCCACACCGCCGUCUUCGUCAGCUUCAACAAGGUGUGCACGUCACAGUACUUCCUCUGGUAUCUGUGUCUGCUGCCGCUGGUGCUGCCGCGCCUGACGCUGAGCCGGACGCGAGGCCUCGAGCUGCUAAUGCUGUGGCUCGUGGGUCAGGCGCUCUGGUUAUCGCCAGCCUAUAUCCUGGAGUUCGAGGGCCGGAACAGCUUUACUCUCAUCUGGAUGGCCGGUCUACUGUUCCUCCUGAUCAACUCCUUCAUACUGGGACAGAUAAUCUGCCAUUACAGACCAGUAGCAGCCCAGCAGAAGAAAACAGACUGACGGUUAGGGGUCAGGGUCACAGACGCGUGUGAGAACGGAGAACGCUGUCCCUGUAUAAUGCUGAUGAUCAG